AGGACAGCAUCCGCGUUUUGGGUGGAAUAGACCGGGUUUGUGUCAGGUGCCUCCUUUCGGGAACAGGAUCAGCUUUUGCAGCGUGGGGCUGGCCGGAGCCCAGCGCUGGGGCAAUGGGGAGGCCAGGAGGAUAUCCCUGUGGAUUGUCCAAGGGCUAAGCGGGCAGGAAGCCACGGCCAGCGAGGUGGUGACACCACCCCCCAGCUUUCCUCCAGCAACUCCAAUUGCAGACAUCCAGGAAGUGAGAUCACAGCUCCAAUGGCUUAAGGGAGACCGGGAACCAGGCAGCAGAGCUGGGGAAGGGUCUGCUCCCACCCUGCCGGGAUUCCCCCCCUCACUGCCAUGAGGCUGGGGCUUUCCUCCUGCCUCCUUCUCCUGCUGCUGCUGGGAGUUUCGGGGGAUCUCGGCAACCGAAGGACACUGCCGGAGGGGACCUGGGAAGAGGAAGGGGAAUUGUGGAGCAGGGCGAGGUUCGAAGCCGUGAAGAAGCACUUGGGAGCAGUGGGUGCUCUCUCCAAGCGGUAUUGGCAGUACCUGGCAUGCAAAGUGUGGCAGGAGGGCUGCGAGGAGGAGGAGAACAAGGAGGAGGAAGAGUCCCAUCUCAGGUCAGGCUGGAGCUUGCCUCUGGUGGGCCAGGAUUACCUGGAGCUCUUCUCUGCCUGGUACUGCAGCUUUGGCAAGUGCUGCAAGACAGGAGACUGCCAGAUAGUCAACAAUAUCACAGGGCUAGAAGCUGACCUCAACAGGCAGCUCCACGGGCAGCACUUGGCCAAAGAAGUCAUUGUCCAUGCAGUGCAGGAGUUUCUGCAGAACCCACGGCCAGACAAGGCCUUGGUCCUCUCCUUCCAUGGCUGGUCUGGCACUGGCAAGAACUUUGUGGCCCGAAUGCUGGCAAGUCACCUGUACCAGGAUGGGCUGAAGAGCAAGUGUGUCAGGCUGUUCAUAUCACUCUUCCACUUUCCCCAUCACAAGUACAUGGACUCAUACAAGGCUCAGCUGAAGAAGCAGAUAAGUGAGACUGUGCAGCUCUGCAAGCAGUCCCUGUUCAUCUUUGAUGAGGCAGAGAAACUCCAUUUCAGCCUCCUGGAUGCCAUCAAGCCUUUCAUGGCUCGCUAUGACAAGAAGGAUCAAACAGAUUACCAGAGAUCCAUCUUCCUCUUCCUCAGCAAUCUUGGUGGCAACAUCAUCAAUGAGGUAGUCCUGGAUUUCUGGCGAGCUGGCCGGGUGCGGGAGGAGAUCUCCAUGGAAUUCCUGGAGCAGCAGCUGCGGGCAGAGCUGCAGGAGCCUGCAGAGAACAGUUACGCCCGCAGCCACCUCCUUGAAGAGAAUCUGAUUGAUGUCUUUGUCCCAUUCCUGCCUCUGGAAUACCACCAUGUGAAGCUCUGUGCACGGGAUGCUUUCCUGGCCCGUGGACUUGCAUACACUGAGGAGGCCCUUCAUGAAGUAGCCAGGAUGAUGGUCUUUGUCCCCAAAGAGGAGAAGCUUUUCUCUGCACAGGGCUGCAAAUCUGUAUCUCAGCGCAUCAAUUACUUCCUUCCUUGAGCACCAGGUGGAACUACACCAGUGGUGAAGGUGGUUCUGCACACUGGGAGCUGCUCUCCUUGCACAAAGUCAGGCAGGUAGAUGACACAGGUUUAACCCCUGGUUACUCUGAGGGGUUUUUGCAGGAAGGAUGUGCAACCUGCCCAGCCUUACUCCCGAGACAUGGGGACAGCCUACACGUAGUUGCCUUUCAAGUCUGUUUGGUGUUCUAAAGUCCCUUCUCUUAGCAGGUAGCAACCUGAAAUAGUGAUUUGCUUGUGCUGACAAUCACAGGGGAUGUCCCAAGUCCUUGGUUUGUUUCCAUGUAAUGAAGGCCUUGGACAGACUGGUCCUGUUGAGAAAGCCCAGCAAAAGCCAUGGUCUCACCCCUGGUCCCACUUGUCUUGGUCACUUUACAAGCUCAGGUUUAGCUGUAGUUCAGGUUUUUUCUCUCCUGUUCAGGCGGAUGUGUACCAGGAUCAUUGUUUGGUUUGUGCAGGAGGCCCCCAUGUUGGGAAAACAACUGAGUAUCUCCUCUCAAAUCCUCUUCCUCUGGAGUGUCCCUCUCUCAGUGGAGUCUUUUGUUGUAUGGAAGCAGCUGCAGGCAUGAGCUGAACGUCUGCUGAAAUAAUUUUCUCAAAGCCUGUUUGCUUCACUGCAAAAUGAGAAAGGGGAAACUAAUUUCCCUUCCAAGGGUGAGGAAGGGCAGUUGAGGAGGAUGGUGGCUGAAGGAAUAAGCUGCAAUUUUGCUUUUCAGGGUUGCAGUAAGCUUGGUUUUUGUUUAUUUUGGGGGUUUUUGUUUGGGGGGGGGUUUUCUCUUUU